AAAAAGGGGGUACAGAAGUGUUGGGGAGCUGGGGCAUCCGGCUCCCCGACAACUACAAGUGUUUCAAGGUGACAGGAAGACUUGUGAAGAUGGGAACUAUACAAGAAGCCGGAGAAAAGACGGUGGAUCUCGGCAUCAGGGAGAAUGCAGAAACAGCAAUACUAGGAGCAUCCUUGAGACUUGGGGAACUGGAGCUGAAGGAAGAAUGGCAAGAUGAAGAAUUUCCUAGAUUGCUUCCUGAAGAGACUGGCCCUUCUGAAGGUCCUCAUGAUCCUGGAAGAGACACACAGGCAGGCAACCCCAGCACUUUAGCCCUGUGUGGCCGGCGCCCUAUGCGCAAGCGUCUUUCUGCCCCGGAGUUGCGACUGAAUCUGACUGAGGGGCCUGGAGAUGAUGGAGCUUCUCCCACCCACUCUGGACCUUCCUCUUCUGAUGGCGGUUCUGACCUGGAGGUAGACGAGUUGGAGACGCCUUCAGACUCGGAGCUGCUGGACAGUGGACAUGAAUUUGAAUGGGAAGAUGAGCUGCCUCGGGCAGAGGGCCUGGGGGCCAGUGAGGCAGCUGAAAGGCUGGGCCGAGGUUGUAUGUGGGAUGUGGCCGGAGAAGAUGGUCAUCGCUGGAGGGUGUUCCGAACAGCACAGAGGGAGCAGCGAGUGGACAUGACUGUCAUUGAGCCCUAUAAGAAAGUCCUAUCUCAUGGAGGCUACCAUGGUGAUGGCCUCAAUGCUGUUAUCCUCUUUGCUUCCUGUUACCUACCCAGAAGCAGUAUCCCCAACUACACCUAUGUCAUGGAACACUUGUUCAGGUACAUAGUGGGAACUCUGGAGCUGCUGGUAGCUGAAAAUUAUCUGCUGGUUCACCUGAGUGGAGGCACAAGUAGGGCCCAGGUUCCACCUCUGAGCUGGAUACGCCAGUGUUAUCACACUCUGGAUCGGCGGCUCCGGAAAAACCUGCGCGCUCUGGUGGUUGUCCAUGCUACAUGGUACAUGAAGGCAUUCCUGGCAUUGCUUCGGCCCUUCAUCAGUUCCAAGUUCACACGAAAGAUCCGUUUUCUGAACAGCCUUGGAGAGCUGGCCCAACUCAUCUCCAUGGAUCAGGUCCACAUCCCAGAAGUUGUCAGACAGCUGGACCACGAUCUCCAUGGCUCGGGAAGAACCUAGCAUAGGACUGGAAAAAUGGGCUUAAGAACCAAUCAAAGAUAUGGAUCUGCCUACACCCUAAACCCAGACACAUCUCAGCUGUUUUGUAAAUCAUCUCAUCUUCAACCCCAGUACCACUGGAUCUUCACAUCUCCGUGGGAUGUCUUUCCUUCCAUGCCCCUGACUUCAAAGCAGGGCCCUGAUGUGCUGGAUAACUUUCGUUUCAGCUGGAGGGCUGCAUGUCGUGGCAUUUUUUAAUAGGAAAGCGCAAAGCUGUGCUGCUUUAGCUGUAGAACUUUGGGCAAAUCACUUCAUCUCUUUGAGUCCGCGAUCCUUUUCACCUGGGGUAUUCCCGCAGUCUGUAGAGGUGAGGGGCGGGCGGAUGGGGAGGGCAGGCCUGCUCCAGGGGGCCAGGAACCAGUAGCCUCAACGUUGAAGAGCCGUUCUAUUUCCCUCUUCCCGUCAAUAGUCACGUCUGCUGCCUGUGAGCCCAAGCAGGGGCACUUUCAAAACCUGUACU